AUGAGAGAUAGCUGGGCUACCCAAUUUCUUUUAGUGUUAACUGACGUGGUAACCGUAGUAGGUUGUCGACUGAAGAAAGGCCUAGGUGGCCUAUUUGUGCGUGGAGGUGGAGGUGGAGGUGGUGGUGGUGCUGUUGGUGGAGGUGUUUGGGGCGGCGGACGCCGAGUGCGGAGAAACUGUGGUCUAAAAUCGUUGGUGUACGGUGGAGGUGGAGGUGGUGGUGGUGCUGUUGGUGGAGGUGUUUGUGGCGGCGGACGCCGAGUGCGGAGGAACUGUGGUCUAAAAUCGUUGGUGUACGGUGUGCAAUUGCACGAGUAUUUGGUGAAUAAGCAGGCGUAUAUUAGUAAGAUGUGUCUGCAUGUUUGUGGCGUGUGGGUGCAGGUGGCGAGAACACUCUAA